CGCAUCUCGUUUCUUUCUUUCUGUUCAGUUCGUAUUUGCAGUACGUGAUUCAACUUCUACAAGUGCGGAACUUGCCUGCAGAGAUCGAUCGAGCUUAUUUAUGCUUGGGAGUAGUAUUGGGGAGAUUAGUUAAUUAAGUUGUUGAAGAUCGAAUAUUACGAAUGAGUGCGAGGAUGAGAAACUCGACGGCGGCGGCGGCGGCGGCGUCUUCGUCGGUGGCGGGGGAGGUGAUGAUGGAGAUAGAGGCGAGCAAGCCGCAAGGGAAUGGGAUUGUGGUUGGGGGGUUGAGUCCUCUCAGCGAGACGCUGUGGAAGGAGAAAACUAACACGGAGUUCAUGGGAGACGUCUCCGCCAGGCUGGCAUGGAAGGAUUUAACGGUUAUGGUUACUCUCGGCAAUGGAGAAACCCAGAAUGUUCUGGAAGGUCUCGUCGGGUAUGCAGAGCCUGGAACCUUUACCGCCCUCAUGGGACCUUCCGGCUCCGGCAAAUCUACUCUCCUCGACGCCCUCUCCGGCCGCCUCGCCGCCAACGCUUUCCUCUCCGGCAGAAUCGCCCUCAACGGCCACAAAGCCAAGCUCUCCUUCGGAACUGCGGCAUACGUAACGCAAGACGACAACCUGAUCGGAACUCUGACCGUCCGGGAAACGAUCUCCUACUCUGCUCAGCUCCGGCUGCCGGAUAGGAUGCCGAGGACGGAGAAGCGCGCGCUGGUGGAGAGCACCAUCAUAGAAAUGGGGCUUCAGAAUUGCGCAGAUACGGUGAUUGGGAAUUGGCACUUGCGAGGAAUCAGCGGAGGAGAGAAGCGGAGAGUGAGCAUCGCCGUCGAGAUCUUGAUGCGGCCCAGAUUGCUCUUUCUCGAUGAACCCACCAGCGGCCUAGACAGUGCCUCAGCGUUCUUCGUCCAGUACUGCAAAUAA